AAAGAAACCCUCCUGGUUGCCGCCACCGUCCCGGGCUGCUUCGCCGGCCCUGCCCUGCCCCGCCCGAGGAUGUUGGACGUGGACUACACACAGUUCGAAGGGUCCCAGUAUGGCUAUAUGUACCCCAGUGGCAGCAUCUACGAUUUGGACCCUUGCAAGCAAGAACUCUCCUUUCCUCCCUGCCUUGGAGACCCCGAGAGCUCCCCAGAGAGCUGUAUGAACUGGCUAGAGAUGCAGGAGCCGGGCUACGCCGACUUCGAAGCGGGACAUUUGGCCCAGCUGCAGAAUGUCCAAGUUUCCUAUUUGCAUGGCUCUUACCCUCAGCACCCCCUGGAUUCAGUUUACAGCCAGGAGGACAUGAUGUCCCCGCAGAAUAUGUGUCUCGGGUCCAAGGAUGAGUUUAAUACUCAGAUCUACAUCCCGUAUGAACAGUAUUCUGUUCCUGUGGCCAUCCCCAGCCCGUCUUCUGAGGAAGAGGAAUUUCCCAUGGACAGCCCAGCUCUUGAGGUGUCUGACAGCGAUUCAGAUGAAAAUCUCUCGCAUGGGCUUGGUUCAGGGUCCUGCCGAAAGCUGCGUCUCUACCAGUUCUUGCUGGAACUCCUAGAACGUGGGGACAUGAAGGAGUGCGUGUGGUGGGUCCAGCGUGACGCGGGCAUCUUCCAGUUCUCUUCCAAGCACAAGGAGGUCCUGGCGCACCGCUGGGGACAGCAGAAGGGGAACCGCAAGAAGAUGACCUACCAAAAGAUGGCCCGGGCCCUACGCAACUACAGCAAGACCGGUGAGAUCCAGAAGGUGAAGAAAAAGCUCACGUACCAGUUUGGGACCUCGCUGCUGGGCAAGUCGGCUCCCUCUUAAACGGUCCCCCUGUCUAGGAUUUAUAGGGACCUUGGACUGUCACAUGAACAGAUCUCCACCCCCAAUACAAGUGUCUCCCCGUCAGAAUCUGCACUGCUGCUUCAGGGUGGGAACUGCCCCAGAAUUCUCUGUGAGGGGAAGAUUGACUCCAAGGUGUUGCCAGCUUCCAGCGUACAUGAAUCUGAGCUUCAUGGGGGAAUUGGGGCUGCUGGAUUUGCUUGGGUGGGAAGGGAGGUAGCAUUAUACAUCAGGGACAGGGCUGGGAAUUAGGAUUUCUUGUUAGGGGUUAGCUUUUAUCUUGCUAAGGGGGGAUUAGGAGUGAGUAUCCUAUCUGCUGAAGUCCACUUCAUAGUUUUUCUUUGGUGUGGGAAAGAGGCUGAGCAGAGGAAUAAGAUUUUUAAUAGGAAAUGGAUUACAGGGCUUGCCUUUCAGUGGUGAUGGGGGUUACUCUAUAAGAUGGGACUGGAGCUGGUGGUAUUAUUGUGUGUGGGACAGAGCGAGGCCAAGAUGUGGAUGGGUCAGAGACUCCGAGGGCUCUCGUGUGUCUCCAUGGCAAGCAAGUCUAAGAACGGCUGGUUUAACAAGAAAGAUUUUUUUGUUAGGAUAUAUGUGGGUUGCUGGUUCUUCUGGGAGGGGAUGAGAUCGUUCAGGUUAUCGGGGGCAACGGUACCUAUGAAAACUCCUUCCUGGGAGUUUUGUAUAUAGUUAAGAUGUUUAUUUAAUACUAAGGGGUUUUUUUAUCUCCAAAGUUUGUACAAAUCUGAUUUAUUUUUCAAUGGAUCUUUUCUGUAUAAAUUGUAAAUUUGAUAAUAAAGAUUUUAU